AUGAUUGACGAUAUGGUUACAAAAGCAACAACAGUUGCUAAUUAUAAUCGACGUUUAUCGAUGUUGACUAUUUUUUUAGCUUCAGUAGCUUUUCUUAUAGUUACAACAGCAAUAGCUGCUUUUAUUUAUGUUAGUCGAAAAGAAAAAAUACUUCGUAAAUUUCAUCUUAUAUCAGUAAUGAUUAUUAUAAUUAUAGAAUUAGCGUUUUUAAUUGCUAUUUUUAUAUGUUGUAUAACACAAAUACGAAGUACUCUUGGUUCCAUUUUAGCUAUUUUUCUUAUUCUUAUUUCUCUUUUUGCUCUUAUGAUAUUAAUCUAUUUUUUACUCGAAGAUGUUAUUAAAGAUAGAAUUGGACCCUAUCCAAAUAAUCUAAAUCCAUAUAAAUCUUAUGAAGUACAUGAAACAAAAUCUGAAUCACCUAUACCAGUUUGUGCUGAUGAAAAAGCAACAACAAUUGCUGAUGGAAACGAAAUAAAAUCAUUUCCUCGAAUACCAACUCCACCGACUCCAAUAAUGACUCCACAACCACCAUCAGAAAAAAUUCUUACUCCAUCACUUUCUCAAGAUAUAUUCUUAUUUCCACAAGAAUCACCAUUUAUUGUUGAUUUCGAUAAAGUUCGUCGAGAUUUAUUAGCAGCUAUUGAAGAACGAACUAUUCCAGCACUUGAAGAAGCUAUUCAACAAGUAAAAGAUCAUAAUUAUCUACAUCGAUUAAAAUAUGAAUGUGAACGUGCUCUGGAAUUAUUGAAUCGUUUAAUGAAAAUUGAACAUAUGAAAAUUCGAGUACUUCGUCUUAAUCAAUCAACAAUAGCUGAAUUACAUAGUUAUACUAAACCUCCGGAUGAAGUUUAUACUGUUAUGCGUGCGACAUUUUUACUUCUUGGUCAUACAGAUAAAGAGAUUCAAGAUUGGACACAAAUUCAAAACUUAUUAGGUCGUUUAGGAAAAGAUAGUGUACGUCGUCGAUGUUAUGAACUUAGUCCACUUAAUAUUCUUGUUGAUAAAGCUCAUGAAGCAAAAGAUAUAUUACGAAAUUAUGAUUUAAUACGUGUUAGCGAAAUUUCUAUUGGUUUAGCAGCUUUUUAUAGUUGGGCAGUAACAAUGAUUGAAGAAAGAGAGAAAUUAUUAGAAUCACAACGAAAAAUUGAAUGUUAA